AAUUGAAAUCCCUGAAGAUCUUGCGGUAUUUAGCGCAGUUACUUCUCCACUUGUUGCUGCCAACAAGCUGAUGAAUCCGGUAAAGUUGACCGUCGAAAGCAAACCCACGGGUAUAUUUGGAGUGGAUCAUCAACGAAGCCUGAUUUUGUUGCACCCGUUGGACAGGGAGAAACAAGAAGAGUACGCGCUGAUCAUCAAAGCCGUUUCCGCCAUUGACAAAGCGAUUCCAGUUGGGAGCGUUGUUAUUACGGUGAAAGCGACAGAUGCUGAUACCGGCUUAAAUGCCAAAAUUCGCUACGAAAUCUUGUCUGGCAAUACGGAGGGCUUGUUCGAAAUGGAACCAAUGUCUGGCAUGUUGAAAGUACAGAAAGCUCUUGAUUCGAAUAUUCAGUCAGACUACAGACUAGCGGUAAGAGGAUACGAUGGAGGUAACCCUCCUCUCGACGACUUCACCCGCAUCCGAAUCCAUAUCCACUCCGGAGAAAGCUGUCGGUUGUUCUUUCCAGGUUCUGCGUACAUCAGCAAAGUGUAUGAAAACAACCCUCCAGGCACUCCGCUCUUCACUGCAAAAGUUGUGCAAUGCAAAAAUGCCAAAAACAUAUCGAUCAACUAUUCGAUUAGUGUGCCGCAGGACGACGGUGAAUUUGUGAUUAACUCGUUAAGCGGUGAGGUGAGAACUGGAAAAAUGUUUGACUAUGAACGAAAGCAGUUUUACGCUUUUACCGUAUACGCAAAAGGUGACGGUGGCCAACAAGCUUCGAUGCCUUGUCGCGUGAUCGUGAAAGCUGUCGACGAAUUCGCUCCCUGUUUCAGCUCAUCUUCGUAUUUAUUUCAGAUACCCUACGACAUUUCGCCAGGCAGUGCCAUUGGAUCGGUUGAUGCACAAGAUCAAGAUUUUGGCAACGAUGGCAAAAUAAAGUACAUCUUUAAGGAAGAGAGUCCAUUUUUCACGAUCGAUUCACUGACGGGAAUGAUUUACGUGAAUCAGAGUUUAACCGAGCUCUACCUGAAAAGAAGCAUUACCCCUCAGAUAGAAAACAGCCAGAUACCUGAAGCGGUAUCAGUGAUCCUCACUGUGACAGCAUACUCUGAAUCAGAGUUAGGCGGAGUAAAAGAGAAUUCGACCACUAUCCAGCUGAUG